AUGAGUAAUACGUGGCAGCCACAAACUGCAUUACUUAAUGAGGUGGUUUCUCUUUUACAGGCCUACAUGGUUCCUAAUAAUCAGGUUCAACGCGAGUCAUAUCAGCGUCUGCAGCAGUUCCAGGAGAAUCUUGAGUUUAAUCUCUACCUCGUUCAUCUGCUCUGCUCUGCACAGACCGAGCCGAACGUACGUCAACUGGCUGGACUUCUGCUCAAGCGCAACAUUAAAGCUCGCAAUGCCAACGCUGUACCUACUCCUACUGAGACUGAAAUUCUUGCGGUCAUUCGCGCACAAACUUUAAGCGUAUUGGCUGACCCGCUGGCACCUAUUCGUAAUGCGGCUAGCUCUAUUAUCACCACAUUUGUGUCUCAGUACACUUUUCUAGAUGAAUGGCCAGAACUUAUGCCGGCGUUGCUCUUGUUUCUGGAACAACAGGACGAAAACGCUGUAGCUGGCGCUUUUGGUGCACUGGUUAAGAUUUGCGAAGACUCUGCCGCGAAACUUGAAAAUUCACCCAGUCGUCCGCUUAAUGGGCUUGUGCCUAAGCUGCUACAAUACUUUCACCACCAGAAUGCAAACUUUCGUCGCGACGCACUUGAGUGCCUGAACAAUGUGCUCAUUUUUAUGCCAAUGGGAUUAGUGGUGCAGAUGGAAAACUUUCUGGCCGGCAUUUCGCUACUUACACAGGAUCCGUCAAAUGAAGUACGCAGACUUGUUUGCAAGAGUAUCGUCAUUCUGCUUGAAGUGGGGGUCCAGUAUCUUGUGCCGCAUCUGGAUAGUAUCAUCCAGUUUAUUCUGCGAGCAAAUCAGGACAAAGAUGAGAACGUGGCAAUUGAAGCUUGCGAAUUCUGGUCGUCAUUUUGUGACCUGCGUGAGUUUAAUGAUAUGAAAGCUAUGCUACAGCCGUAUUUGGUGCAAAUCAUUCCAUUGCUAUUUCAGCGAAUGGUAUAUAGUGAUGAAGAUUUGGCAAAUUUUGAAGCUGAUGAGCACAACCAAAAUGAGAAUCUACCUGAUCGACCCGAGGACAUCAAGCCCAUUUUACACCGCAAGGGCCACGGAAGCGGUAGUCUUAAUGAUGACGAUGAUGACGAUGAUGACGAUGACGAUGACGACGAUGACUCGCUGCUGGAAUGGAAUCUUCGUCGUUGCUCAGCUGGUAGUCUUGACAAUUUGGCCAACGGCUACGGAAACGAGAUUCUGCCGACGUUGUUGCCUUUGCUACAGGAACGUCUUGCACAAGAGCAGCCAUGGCCGCUCGUAGAAAGCGGUAUCCUGGCGCUAGGUGCCAUUGCAGAUGGCUGUUAUAAUGGAAUUACGCCUCAUCUACCACAGUUGUAUCCAUUUCUGCUACAGAAGCUAGAGGAUCCUACUCCGCUCAUUCGAAGUAUUACAUGCUGGACAUUAAGUCGUUAUGCAACGUGGGUUGUAGAGCAGAAUAAUCAUGAUUUUCUUUUCCGACCGCUUGUUGAAGGUAUGCUGAAACGCAUACUCGACCCUCACAAGAAAGUUCAAGAAGCUGCUUGCUCGGCGUUUUGUACUUUAGAGGAAGAAGCGGGUGAAAAGCUGGUGCCUUAUUUGACGCCUAUUUUGCAGAACCUAAUGUUUGCAUUUGGCAAAUAUCAGGCCAAAAAUUUACUUAUUUUGUACGAUGCUAUCGGGACGCUUGCUGACUCAGUCGGUGAGAAUUUGAAUCAUCCUGAGCUUAUUAAAAUUCUCAUGCCUCCACUUAUUGCUAAAUGGAAUGCUCUGGACGAUCGAAGUCGCGAGAUUCUCCCGCUUUUCGAGUGUCUGGCGCCUGUUGCGCAGGCGCUUGGCAAUGGAUUUCAAGAAUUUGCCGUGAAUGUGUAUGUUCGAUGUCAGCGUAUCAUAGAGAAUGAGCUGCUCGCUGACGCUAUGUCGGAGCAAAGCCCGGACGAAUUUGAUGAGGGCGAUGCGGAGCUUAUUGUUUGUGCUCUGGACCUUAUUUCGGGUCUGAUUGAGGGAUUACAGAACAAUAUUGAAGCUCUGCUCACUGGCUCAAAUUUGUUAAAUUUACUCAUGAGCUGUGUGCGUCACGACGUGAUGGACGUGCGGCAGAGUGCCAUGGGCGUCGUGGGUGAUCUGGCAAAACAUGCACCAAACCUUCUUCGAAGCAGUCUCAGAGAUCUCUUACCGGUUUUAAUUGAGAAUAUUGACCCUGACCUUCCUACUGUAUGCAACAAUGCAAGCUGGUCGGUAGGCGAAAUUGCCAUCCGGAUCGGCGUCGAGAUGGAGCCGUAUGUCGAAAGUUGCUUAGCUCGUCUUAUCGGUAUGAUCAAUCGGCCAAAGUUACCGCGCAACUUGGUGGAGAAUUGUGCAAUUACGAUCGGACGACUUGGGUACGUUUGCCCAAGCGUAGUGGCGCCACACCUUCAAGAAUUUGCCAAGUGCUGGUGCCGCGCGCUUGCUCAUGUGCGUGCUCCAGAGGAAAAGGAGCACUGCUUUUUAGGGCUGUGCUACAUGGUCAAAGCAAACCCGAACGGCAUUGUCGCUGAUUUUAUGUUUAUGUGCGGUGCUAUUGCGUCAUUGGAAGGUCCACAGAUUCAGCACGCAGAGUUAAAAGACAUGCUUUAUCAGAUCGUGCAUGGCUUCAAAACGAGUCUAGGCGAUAAUUGGGCCGCAUAUUUCGCAAGUUUCCCGGAGCCCUUGCGGCAAUUCCUUACGACUCGCUUCAAUGUGUAG